GGGCGGGCGGAAGCGGACCUUGCCCCGGGCCCUGUACCACGAACAACUUCCCUCCGCUCGUGAGGGACGUGUACCUUCCCCGCUCUCCCCGCGGAGACCCUGAGUCCGGCAGCAUUGGAGGCCUUGAGUCUGGAGCAGAGCUGACGGGAGCUCCACUUGGAGCCUGAGAUUCAGGCAGCGCGCGGUUUGGGUUUUUGAACAGAAUCCUCCAAAGCAGGAACCAAGAGCUUGCUGGAAACAAGUGUUGAUGACUUUCACCUUGAAACCACCAGCAUCAUGGAGAGCACCUCAGAUGGCCAGUUUCACCUGGCACUGCAGUCUGUUCAGUCAGAUUUGUGAGGCCUGACACCCCCAGUAUCAGAAGGAAUCUUGUGGUUGCAAGUACCAGAGGAUUCAGCCCAAACUGAGUUAGCAAAACCAGUCUCAGAUGCAUCUGACUUGAAAAUUCCAAAGGUUCAUGAACACAAAAAUGGUUGACAAGGAGGCAAGUUUCUUCAAAGAAAGCUUGAAGAGCCAGGACCUGCCUCUCCAGUAAGCAGGAAGUUGUGCUGCUCACUUUAUGUUGGCAGGCUGGGAGAACAUACCCCUGGUCAGCUGGAGGACAGCUAGAGAACAUCUGAGAAGAGGCUGGAACCUUCAUUUUGUAACCACACAAGAUGCUGACCAUGGCAGUGUAGUGUAAUGAUUAUCUCUGCAUCCCUCACAGAGAAGGUUUUUCCUUGUUUUUCUCCUGAAAUAUCUGGAGUAAAAUAUCUGCACUGGCCAAGCAGAAGAAACAGUAGGUGCCCACCCAUGAAUGAUUCGUCCAACUCAUCAGCUAAGAAUUGCUCUUUAUAAAGUCAGCUUUUUCCACUACUGAGCUCACCAUUCGUCUUCACUACAAGUCUGUAAGCGGAUCAGCUGAGGAGUGGCUCUUCACAGCAUGAAGGGAGGCUCUUCACACACUUUUGGAAUGAGAUGUUGAAUCCAUUACGUGAGCAAUUUCGAAGACAUGGGCUGUAGUGCUUCAUCUUCAUUGAAAGACCAGAAAUCUGAGACAGUGAUGCAGGCGGCUUUGAAAAUCCAGAACUGGUACCGAGGUUAUAGGGUUCGGUUGAAGGCCAGACAAUGCCAUGCCCUCUCCAUCUUCCAGUCCAUCGAAUAUGCUGAUGAACAAGGCCAAUUGCAGCUAUCCAACUUUUUUUCCUUCAUGUUGGAAAACUACACACAAGUAUGUGAUAAAGACUCAGGAUUAGUCACUCGACUUGUUGGUAGCACCAUCCAGGACUACAAGAAUAGACAGGAUUGUGUGGGGUUGAUCGAAGUCCCAGACUCCUAUAAUGGCACUCGGCUGCACUUCCCUCUUACUUGUACUGAUCUUUAUUUACUUAUUGAAGCCUUCAAGCAACAACAGAUACUUCAUGCUUAUUAUGUCUUAGAGGUGCUAUUUGAAACCAAGAAAGUCCUGAAGCGAAUGCCAAAUUUCAAUCACAUAAAAACUUCUCCCUCCAAAGAGAUAACAAUCUGCGGUGAUUUGCAUGGGAAACUGGAUGAUCUUUUCUUGAUCUUCUAUAAGAAUGGUCUCCCCUCAGAGAACAACCCAUAUGUUUUUAAUGGUGACUUUGUAGAUCGAGGAAAGAAUUCCAUAGAGAUCCUAAUGAUCCUGUUUGUAAGUUUUCUUGUCUACCCCAAUAACCUGCACUUGAACAGAGGGAACCAUGAAGAUUUUAUGAUGAAUUUCAGGUAUGGCUUCACAAACGAGGUUUUACAUAAAUAUAAGCUGCAUGGAAAAAAAAUCCUACAAAUUUUGGAAGAUCUCUAUACUUGGCUCCCAAUUGGUACAAUCAUUGACAAUGAAAUCCUUGUCGUACAUGGUGGGAUAUCGAAGUCCACAGACUUGAAUUUACUUCACCAUGUGGAGAGAAACAAAAUGAAAUCUGUGCUGAUGCCACCAGUUCCAUUAGGUGAAGACCAUAAUACUGCUUUGGGGAAAAAUAAAGUGCCUCAAGGAGUCAAAACAAAUGAAUCCCCUUCUGAACAGUUAACAAAGCAUGAAUGGGAACAGGUCAUUGAUAUCCUGUGGAGUGACCCCAGAGGCAGAAAAGGCUGUUACCCAAACAUAAGUCGAGGAGGAGGCUGCUAUUUUGGGCCAGAUAUUACCUCCCAGAUUCUUAACAAAUACCAGCUGAAGAUGCUGAUUAGGUCCCAUGAAUGUAAGCCCGAAGGGUAUGAAAUCUGCCAUGACGGGAAGGUUGUUACUAUAUUUUCUGCUUCUAAUUAUUAUGAAGAAGGCAGCAAUCGAGGAGCUUACAUCAGAGUGGGAUAUGGUACAGCUCCUCGAUUCUACCAGUAUCAAGUAACUAGGGCAACAUGCUCGAGGCCUCUUUACCACAGGGUGAAUAUUAUGGAAAGUAGUGCCAUCAGGAUGUUAAAAGAGAGAAUAAUUUCACGAAAAACUGACCUCAUUAAUGCUUUCCAGCUUCAAGACUGCAAUAAAUCAGGAAAACUUUCUGUGGGCCAGUGGGCUUCUUCUAUGGAGGUUGUUUUGGAUCUGAACUUACCGUGGAGAUCCCUGAGUUUUCAUCUGGUGACCAGAGACAAAGAUGGAAAUAUUGACUACAUGUCCAGCUUCCAGGAUAUCCGCAUUAAAAACCCUGUGAAAGAGGCUCUGUCUACACUAAUUGAAACUGUGUACAGAUACCGAUCGGACCUGCAAAUCAUCUUUAAUGUCAUUGACUCUGAUCACUCAGGUCUGAUCUCCAUGGAAGAAUUUCGUUCCAUGUGGAAACUUUUCAAAAGCCACUACAGCAUUCAUAUUGAUGAUUCUCAAAUUGAUGAGCUCGCAAACAGAAUGGACUUAAACAAAGAUGGAAGCAUUGAUUUUAAUGAGUUUUUAAAGGCUUUCAAUGUAGUGCAUAAAUUUGAUAAGUUAAACAAGUCAGACACCAAACUUACUUAACAAGAAAUAGGGCUUUCCCUCUUGGCAAAUUGUUGGGCCCAAAUCACUGACACAGUCUUUUCCAGGACCCUUGAAACCCAUAGUCAGUAGUAGAGAAAAGUAGACCUCAAUUCAUGCCACGAGCAGGGGAUAGUGUAUUAAAAGUCCCUAGUAAGCUGUUAUUGGUUAAGAGUAAGUUAAAUGUCAGCUGAUAGGAUUUGGCUCGUGUCCAGACCCACACUGAGCCAGGUAGAAACUAGGUGAGCUACUGUUGGUCUCUUGGGCCAGGAGACCCAAGUAAAUUUGGAAACAUUGAAGGGAACCCACAGAACACCAGAGGAAAGUGUAACAUCUGUGACUGCCUGAGGGAAGGAAGAGGAUUGCCAAACUGUUAAGGAAAUAAAAUUUCCUUUUUAAAACUGAA